UGAAAAUAGUGACAAACGUUUCCGUCAUCGCUAACUUUUAAUUUUCCUUCGUUUCAAAAAAAAUAAUAUCGAUUGUCUUUCAGAAACUUGAUUUGAUCGUCGCUGCUCCUCCCUAGAUCUCCGUUAUACUCCUCCCUCCGCCGUCUUCCCACUUCCUUGUUAAUCAUCCAACGGCGAUCUGGGUCCAUUAAACCGGAAAAGGCAAAUCAAUCAUGGAAGUUUCAACUUGGAGUGGAACACUUACAUUGGAUGAGUUCACAGUUGCAGCUAAUGCUUUUGCAGAUAAAUGGAAAAGGAGUAACUCUUCUUUCCCUCCUUGGUUAUGGGUUAAUAACACCCCGAAACCGCCUUUUCUUGGUUCUACACGAGUUAAUUAUUCUACUUUCAAGUAGCUAUUAUUGCAAUACUGAUGCAGAUUCGCUAUCUUUACGUAGCUGUCUUACGACUCUUUAUCUUUGUUUUCUCAUCAGAUGGAUGUUUACUUAUCAUUGGAGAACAUAUGUCUUCAUGAUCUUGACAACAAAAAUGAUAAAAAUGUAUACAAUUGUGAUGAAGGAAGUUGCAUCAAGGAAGAAGAGGCUUCUUUCUCUCGGAAAGAAGAGGCAAUUGAUGGCGAAGAUGAUGCCACUUUGGUUUGUUCAAUGCUGCAAGGUACAUAGCAAUAAUCAGCUACAUUACUACGAUUUCCAUAUAGUUUACAGUGCUUCAUACAGGGUUCCGGUGUUUUAUUUCCGAGGAUAUUGCAGUGAUGGAAGUCUGUUACAGUUGAACCAAAUUGAAAAGGACCUUCCUACUUGCUCUGCAAAGGUGUUGCUGGAAUCAAAAUGGACUUUUAUAACUCAGGAGGAGCAUCCAUACUUGAACAGGCCAUGGUAUAAGUUACAUCCUUGCGGAACCAGCGAAUGGAUGAAAUUGCUUUUUAUGGGCGACGCUGCAUCAAUUGAGAAGAGAGUGCCAUUUGAAUUGUAUCUCAUUUCGUGGUUCUCGGUCGUCGGACAAGUUUUUAGUUUCAGGAUUCCUGUAGCAAUGGUGAAUCAUGCUACUGUAACUGAUGGCUAAGGAGAUCGACUAUAAUGUAUGCACAAUACACGAAGGGCCAAUCUUCCGCUAGAACCGUUUCAAGACAACCUCGGGAGAUUGGAAAGAAGUGUGAGAAGGGAGAAUCGUAUACCUGUUAUCAUGGAACAUGGGGAAGAUAACUAUGAGGAGGAGCAAUAUCACCCUCAAAACGAUGGAGUGAGGCAACAUCCGCCUCCUCCACUCGAUGAGAGAAAUCGGCAAGAGCAACAAGGGGACAAUCACCCUCAAGUUCAUUGGGUGCUUUGCAAGACCGGUCACCGCGGCUACUUUUUGAAAUCAAGCCUAGCACGAUUCAACUCCUAGAGAAUUGGUGCCAAUUCUUUGGGUUACCAAGUAAGGCUCCGAAUGAACACAUAGCCAAGUUCUUGGGAGUGUUGGACACAUUCAACACCGCCGAUCAAAUCAAACUUCAGAUGUUUCCAGUCUCACUAAGAGAUAAGGCUAGCUUGUGUCUUCGGUCAUUACCUAAUGCAUCAUUUCACAAGUACUUUCUGAUGGGGAGAACCGCAAAGUUGACAAAAGACAUCAUUGAUUAUUACCAAUAUGAGGGGGAAUCUCUCUAUGAAAUUUGGGAGAGGUUCAAGGAUCUCCAAAGGCACGUACCUCAUCAUCGACUUGUAAGGGAGCAUGUGCUUCAAAUAUUCUAUAAUGGUUUGGGUGAGAUCUUGACCAUUGAUUCGGCCGCGGGAGGUUCUUUGAUGCAAAAGACGCUUGAUGAGGCUAAUGAGUUGAUUGAAAAAUUGGCUAUGGUGAGUAGCACUUGGUCCUCGAAAAGGAGAAGACCACCGGCUCAAAAGGCAUUAAUGACACUUGACCAAUCCAAGGAGUUUGAAGCAAUGAAAGCUAUGAAUGCCUCUUUGCAAAGUCAAGUUGAUGCCUUGAAGAAGCAAGUGGCUCCACGGAAUGCUCCGGUUGCGUAUGUCCAAGUAGGUUGUGAGCAUUGUGGAGAUUUCAAUCAUGGAAGUAAUGAGUGCUAUGCCACGGGUCAAGCGUGGAGCGAACAAUGUGGGAGGUCAACGCCAAGGGAAUGAUCCUUACUCGAAUACCUAUAAUCCGGGGUGGAGAAACCAUCCUAAUUCGGAUAGAAGAAUCAAGAGGGCCAAGGCAAUGUGCAAGCAAAUCAACAAGCGGAUCCUAGUUUCCAAGGAGGAAGUAGGCCCCAACAACAAGGUCCUUAUCAAGGCCCUUAUCAUAACCAUAAAGGGCAAGGAAACAACUAUGGUGGUAGACCUCAACACCCUCCGGGAUUCAAACCACAAAAGAAUACGGAUGAGGGAAAUGUGCUUUCCAAGGUACUAGCGAAGUUAGAGAAAAUGGAGCAAAGGGAGAAGAAUCAAGCUUCUACUACCCAUCAUUUGGAAACUCAAAUUUCUCAAAUGGCGAUUUCGCUUCAAGGAAGAUCUCAAGGAGGGUUGCCAUCCACUACGGAAAACAACCCUAGAGAACAAGUUAAGGCGGUAGAGCUCCGAAGCGGGAGAAACCUUGAGAAAGCCAAUGGGAAGAAGCAUGUUGUUGAGGAGGAUGAGCCUCAAGUGGUUGUUGAUGUAGCAAGCUCAAGUCAAGAACUACAAACAAAAUGUGAGGAAGUGGUUAUCGAGGUUGAAGAGCCCUAUGUGAGGCCAUCACCGCCGCCACCGUUUGUACCACCGGUUCCAUUCCCAAGCCGGUUAAGGAAAGCUUAAGGGAACGAAAAAUUUCACAAGUUCCUUGAGAUUUUCAAGAAAUUGCAAAUCAAUCUAAGCUUGGCGGAUGCACUUCGGGAGAUGCCCCAAUAUGCCAAAUUCUUAAAAAAACAUAAUUAUGAACAAGCGUAGUUGGGAGCAAGGUGGGACAAUACCGCUCACGGAGCAUUGUAGUUCCAUAAUCCAAAGCAACUUACCGAUAAAGCUUAAAGAUUCAGAGAGUUUUUUUAUACCUUGCACCAUAGGAAAUAUGAAUGCUAUAAAUUGCUUAUGUGAUCUUGGGGCAAGUAUUAAUUUGAUGCCAUUGUUUCUUUUUAGGUCUUUGUUUGGUGAUCAACCGGUAAAACAGACCUCGAUGGUAUUGCAACUUGCCGAUCUCUCUCAAAAAGCCGUAUGGGAUAGUGGAAGACGUACUCGUUAAAGUGGAUAAAUUCAUCUUUCCGGUGGAUUUUGUGACCUUAGACUAUGCGGUAAAUAAAGAAUGUCCUAUGAUUCUUGGUCGCCCUUUUAUGAACACCGGGCGUGCUCUCAUCGAUGUUCAUGCCGGCAAGCUCACCUUGAGAAUUGAUGAGGAAAGUGUGGAGUUUGAUAUGAAGAGAGUGAUGUGGAAUGCCAUCGAGGAGGAGUAUUGCAUGAGGAUUGAUGUGAUUGAUGAGAUUGUGGAAGAGCAACUCCGGGAGAAUGUGCAGUUGUUGAACGAAGCAAAGAGGGUAGAAAUUUGUCCUCAACAAAUCUCUCAAGUUUCGUUUCAUUUCGGGUCGGGGAAUGAUGAAUAUACUAGAGAGGAUGAACCGAAGCCGGAAAGUUUAAACAAGAGCAAUGGUGUGACUCCACCAUCUUCGGAGUUUCCCCCGAAGGUUGAAAUGAAGUCGCUUCCGCCACACCUCCGGUAUACUUUUGUUGGGGAAAAUGAGACCUUGCCGAUAAUCAUCUCAAAUAAGAUCUCUAAGGAUCAAGAAAGGAAGGUUGUGCAAGUAGUGAAAGAGCACAUGUUAGCAAUGGGUGGCAAAUCUCCGACAUUCGAGGUAUAAGUCCUCAAAUUGUGAUGCAUAAGAUUAAUCUCAAAGACGAGUCAAAGAAGUCGACUCAAAGGCAACGAAGAUUAAAUCUGAAUAUGAAGGAGGUAGUUCACAAAGAGAUCGUCAAGCUCCUCGACGCCGGAAUAAUCUAUCCAAUUUCGGAUAGUGAGUGGGUUAGUCCUAUUCAAUGUGCUCCUAAAAAGGGAGGUAUGACAAUGGUGGAGAGCGAAAAAGGAGAGCAAAUCUCCACAAGGACGGUAACCGGUUGGCGAGUAUGCAUCGAUUAUCGGAAGCUCGACGAGGUAACCCGAAAAGAUCACUUUCCGUUACCAUUUAUCGAUCAAUGUUAGAAAGGGUAGCGGGACACAAGUUUUAUUGUUUCCUUGAUGGGUACUCCGGUUACAAUCAAAUAUUAAUUCUCCCGGAAGAUCAAGAGAAGACGACCUUCACAUGCCCCUACGGUACCUUUUGCAUACCGGCGAAUGCCCUUCGGACUAUGCAACGCACCCGCCACAUUCCAAAGAUGUAUGACCUCAAUCUUCAACGACAUAAUUGAGGAUAUAAUGGAGGUGUUCAUGGAUGAUUUCUCCGUGUUUGGCGAUUCGUUCGAUGGUUGUUUAGCGAAUCUAAGGCGGGUUUUAGCACGAUGUGUGGAGACAAAUUUGGUACUAAAUUGGGAAAAGUGUCAUUUCAUGGUGGAUGAAGGCAUUGUACUCGGGCAUAGGAUAUCGGAGGCGGGAAUUGAAGUGGAUAGGGCAAAGACGGCGGUUAUUGAAAAAUUAGUCGCUCCGGCUACGGUCAAAGGAGUUCGGGCAUUUUUGGGCCACGUGGGUUUUUACCGGCGAUUCAUUAAGGAUUUUUCAUCUAUUGCACGGCCUUUGACAAGUUUGCUAGUAAAAGAUGCACCGUUUGACUUCACAAAGGAAUGUCAAGAUGCUUUUGAGAAACUAAAGGAGGCACUUGUGACCGCUCCCAUUAUCUCAUCUCCAGAUUGGAGUUUGCCUUUUGAGCUAAUGUGUGACGCUAGUGACCAAGCAUUGGGUUGGGUGUUGGGGCAAAGAAAGGACAAGCGGGUGCAUGUGAUCUACUACGCUAAUAGAACUAUGGCGGGAGCACAACUCAACUAUACCACUACCGAAAAGGAAAUGUUGUCGGUUGUCUUUGCCCUCGACAAGUUUAGACAAUAUUUGCUUGGGUCGAAAUGCAUCAUAUACACCGACCAUGCCGCUUUACGGUAUCUAUUCACUAAGCAAGAUGCGAAGCCAAGGCUCAUUCGGUGGAUUCUUCUCAUGCAAGAGUUCGAUGUAGAAAUCCGAGAUAAGAAAGUUACGGAGAAUGUGGUAGCGGAUCACCUUUCGAGAUUCGAGAAUCCGGAACCAAUUCCUAUUGGUGUGGAGAUUAAUGAGCGGUUUCCAGACGAAACGCUUAUGAUGAUUCGGGAAGUGGAGACACCAUGGUAUGCCGAUUUUGCAAAUUACCUCUCAUCGGAAGUCAUGCCUCCGGACUUGACAUCCCACAAAAGGAAGAAGUUCUUAUCCGAUGUUAAAAGGUACUUGUGGGAUGAACCUUUCUUGUUUAAAAUAUGUGGGGAUGGAAUGUUGUGACGAUGUGUGGCCUUGGGCGAAAUGAUGCCCAUUUUGAGUUCAUGUCAUGAGACCGGACAUUAUGGUUCGGCAAAAAACUCAGCUAGAGUGCUUGAGAGCGGGUUCUUUUGGCCAACCUUAUUUCGUGAUGCCAAAGAGUUUGUUGACCAUUGUGAUCGGUGUCAACGUGUAGGCAACAUCUCAAAAAGAGACGAGAUGCCUUUGACUUCGGUUCAAGAAGUGGAAAUAUUUGAUGUAUGGGGUAUUUUCAAAGGGUAAAUUGUUGAAGGGAUGGUGUGUUAACAUGUGUUACAAUUCGAAAGAAAUGGCUUAAGGCUCAAAGGGGGUGAUCUAGUGGUAAGGGUAGACUUUUUAAGUGGUCUUGAACAAAAUGGUGAUCCUAAUGCCAUAUUCAUUUAGCAAUUGACACUCAACUAUAUAGUCUUAAAUGGACACCAAGCAAGUUCUAGGAAUAUAGCACACAACAAACAAGAAUUGUAAUCAAGGCUCAACAUUUUAGAAAAGAAUGUGGUGUUAUGCACUUAUUCAAUUCCUAUGUUCUCAUGCCAUUCAUGCCCAAUUUAUUCACAAAUGACACAAAAUUUUCAAAAAUUUGCACAUCAUGCAUCCAAAUCCCAAAACAACUAUCAUGCUCACAAUUGUUUUCACCAAAGAACAUUUUCACCCAAUUUCCAUCAAAAUUCGUCACACAAAAGCAUUUUCAUCAGUCAAUCAAUCAUCCUUAGAAGUUGUUUGAAUUAGAAAAAAACACAUUCAUGCCAUUAAAGAUCGAGAGAUGUCACAAGUUGAUAAAUUUCCAAAUUCCGCCGCAAUCACAAACAUUCAAAACAUUCACUAUCAUGCUUAGAACAAAGAUUUAGCGGAGGCGACUCGACAACUAGACCACUAACACAACUAAACAACAAAACAAAAUAAAGCACACUAAAGCAUAAAAUAAGAUAAAUUUCAACUAACGACAUACAAUUGACUAACCCUCCUCACACUAUUUCGAACUUAGUCCCUAAGCAAGAAAUAUAAAGCAAAAUUGUAUGAGUUGAGUUAGAGAAAUGCAAAUCUUGUUUUAGUCGAAUUCCGGUGGUUCAGGCGAUGGAGUUGGAGAUGGAUAGGGGCCCCCCUUGGGCAUUGAAAUAGGCACGUAAUUUCUCCUCGUGACGCCUUUGUCGAUCAUGAAGCCUCUUUUGGCGAUAUUCCAUACGUGCCCACAUCUUGCGUUGAUCUUCCAUGAAUCGGAGUUGUGCGGCUUCAAAAUCAUUCCUUGCAUCCACAUUAGGAGCCGGUGGUUCCCAUUGUACCCCUUCCGGGACAUCUUGAUUCUCGGCACUAGUGCCGGCCGCAUGUUUGUCUUUCCUCCGCACCGGCUCUUUAGCUCGCCUCGGCUCUACCUCUUGCCUUGGUGAUGCGCACAAUCUAGGCGGAAUUGGUUCGCCGGGAUGUCCUUCCACCCAAUUAUCGUACUUGUAUUUUCCCAAAACUCUUUUGUUCCUCACAUACCCUCCUAUACUCAAGUGAUCCAUAUCGAUCAUUCGUGGCGGUUGAAUUUGAUACUUGCUUUCAUCAAACUCCGGAUCUUUUCUUGCAAAAAACAACACCAACCAUCAGAAACCUUUCUUCUUUUGAACUCUAGGAGUCUCUUGGAGCAACUUCAUCAAGCGAUACGCCAAAUGCACUUGUUUGUCCGGUUCCGUGGGUGAUACAAAGCUUGCAAAAGGAAUAAAUCCGACUUCGUUAUUUUGUUAUGUUCAUGGCGUCCAUAAAAGGUGUGGCCAUACCACUUGAGCAAGACUAUGGUAGCAAUAUCCCGAACCUCUUUCAACUUGGAGACAUGUGAGUCGUGGCUCGGUUUACCCGAUACCUUGUUCCACACCUCGCUUGCCUCAAAAGCACCCAUUUCCGGCAACUCUUUCAAUCCCUCAUCAUUCAAUGCAAAAUCUUGAAACAAGUUUUCCAUGGUGUAUUCCAGCUCCUUGCCAUCCAACCGAAAUGUAAUAGAAGUAUCGUUGGUUGGUGCAAGAGUGGUGAAGAAUUUAAAUGUGAGCGCCUCGCAUUGAUCGUGCGGUAUCCUUAUCAACUUGUCAAGAAAAAGGAAUUGAAUAUCCCCCUCCAACUUCUCAUGAAUGCCCAAUUUCUUCAUAGUCUCCCAACAAAUAGCAUAAGCAUCGGUGACACCCAAUUUUGAAAGCUUUUCAUAGCGUUCCCCCUCUCUAACCGAACGGAUUUCAAAGGGUGCCUUGUAUUUCCUUUUGAGAGAUCCCGGAGUGUUUACUCCUACUACUCUAGCCCCGGAGGCGGUUGUUUUCUUUGAAGAACGGAUAGGUUGUGGUGGUAGCUCCUCUUGAAAUUCUUGCUCACUAGGAGGUAUGGAUUUUUUCUUGGAGGCUCGGCUUGCUCUUGUAUUCCAGGACAUUGUAGAGGAAGGAAAAGGGUGUUUGAAAGUGUGUUUAGUUUUGAGUUUGGCUUUAGUAUGGUGGAGAUAGAUCUUGGGGAAUAUUUGUUAAGAAGUUUGUCUAACUUGAAUGACUCUUAACUAUUAAGAAAUUUGUCUAACUUGAAGAAUAGGAAAAACAUGAGCAAAGAAGUAAUUAUGUGCCAAAAGAAAAGAAAGAAAAGCAAAAGAAAGAAAGAAUAAAGAAAGAUAAAAAAAAAUAGAAAAAAAAAACAAAGAAAAAGAGUAAAAAGAAACGUUGAAUAAAAGGCAUGAAAAUCAAGAUGAAGUUCAAAUGUGCAAGAAAAUUCCAAGUUAGACAAAUAAAUGUGAUCAAAUAUCUAGUCGUCAAGUCAAUUUUUGUAGCCAAACUAUCCCCCUUUACCUACCCCCUAACCCCUAGCCAAGUUACAAACCAUACAAAAGACCAUAUGAUAGCAAUUGAUUACCGAACUAAGUAGGGGAGAAUCGGACUAAAAGCAAGCCUAUGGUGAAUUAGCAUUUUUCUUGAGCCUAAUUGUGUACACCCCAAACACUUGUGUGUUAGAGUGAAUCUUGUAAGUGUAGUUUAAUUGUCAUCACAUUUUAUCAUUAAAAGUGCAUUCAUCUCUUGUGUGCAUCAUUAGCGGUUGUUGAUUUUAGACAAUAUCAUUUGAGCCAUUGAUGAAUAGGAGUUCAUUUGUUGAUACUUGUUCGAGAUCGCCAUGGUUAGUUACCGUUUGAUUUGCCUAAGUUCAUUUCUUGCUUGGGACAAGCAAAGAUUUAGUGUGAGGAGGUUUGAUAUGAGUAUUUUACUCCUAUCUAGAGUGUCGUUUCCGCAUGCUUUUAUAACGUUUUAUCACGGUUUUAUGGUAUUUCGAAUGCCUUAUUACGUGUUUUAGUAUUUCAGGUACUUAGGAACAUUGCGGAAGCAUUUUGGUACAAAAGUUGGAAAAGACGACAAAAGCAAUGCGGAAGCUCAUUUGCAAAUCUGAAAAGCUGACCCCUGUGCACUAUUUGACCAAUUUGGACUAUCUAGGAGCCUCAAAUGAACUCGUGAUCUUCAUGAAAGUUAAAGUAGACGUCCUAAGCUUUCCAACGGUUUAAGAAUCGACUCAAUCGGACAUUUCUACACCGAGUUACGAAGGUUUGAAGAUCGAGAUCCGGAGCAGAAAAUGGUUGCUCGAAUCGAGCUCCUCAUUUAGCCCAAGGAGCUCUAUUCGAGCUUGGGCUUGCUGGAAAGGGGAAAUCUGAUUUCAAGAUGUAACAAGGUUUUAUUAAUUUGCUAUUUUGGGCCCAACACAUGUGUAAAUGAAUGUUUGUCUUUUCCCUUCUUUUGUAAGUACUAUAAAAGCAACCUUACCUCUAUUUUAGGUUAAGAAUUAUUCCUAGACUUUAUUCUAUGAUUGUACUUUUGAAUUCUCUCCUAAUUUUAGAAAUCCCUAAGUUUUA